AUGGCCACAGAUUUCUGGGCCAGUUCUCACUAUAAACGCUGGAUUGUCGACCGCGCAACAUUGAAGCAAGCCAGAGCUGACGACGUGCAAUACGUUGACGACCCAGAAUACCUUGAUUUCUUGUCCAUUUACUUUGCAGAUUUGAUUUCCAAGCUUGGGAAGAAGCUCUCGCUACGACAAAGAGUGAUCGCUACGGCGACAGUCUUCUUCAAGAGGUUCUACUUGAAGAACCACUACUGUGAAACGGACCCAUUCAUUGUCAUCGCCGCAUGUUGUUAUGUCGCAGCGAAGGCCGAAGAAUCCCCUGUUCACAUAAAGAACGUUGUGGCAGAGGCUCGAUCACUUUUCAAGGAUAUAUAUGGAAUCAAAACGUUUCCCUCAGAUAACUCAAAACUCGCGGAGAUGGAGUUUUACUUGGUGGAUGAUCUUGAAUGUGAUUUGACGGUAUUCCAUCCAUACCGAUCACUUCUGACACUAUGUCGUAAAGAGGGGGACCACGACGAGGAGACUGAAGCUGGCGAGUUAGGCGUUGGGAUCGGAGGCGAUGAGGGACCUCGAUACUGGGGAUCUGGCGAUGGGCAGCUACAACUGAAAGAGGGUGCCCUUCAAACAGCAUGGUUUAUCAUAAACGACACAUACCGAUCUGACAUAUGUCUUCUCUACCCGCCUCACGUUAUCGCCAUCGCGGCCAUCUAUUUGACGUUCAUACUUGACGGAAACGCGCGAGCUACUGUCACGCCUCUAUUGCAAUCAUCUGAAUCAUCAAGCCCGGAUCUGCCCCAGCCGCGAAGGUCUUCGCGACAAGCCAGCCAUGCCGACGCCUCGAAGAAGGUUCAAGAUCCCAUCGACUUCCUCGCUGGACUGAAUGUCUCUUUCCCACUCGUCGCCACCAUCGCACAAGACAUCAUCGCUUUGUACAAACGCUGGGAGCGUUACAAAGAAGACGAAAAGCCGUCUCCACUUGGGUCGCUGAGCGCAGGUAUGAAGAGGUCUUUGAGCCACAGUAAUGCGGGAACGCCAAGAGAGGCCAGCGUCGGGGCUGACGCCAUCGUUACUCCCGGGUUUCUGUCCAGCCUAUUGCUGAAAAUUAGGGAGGCCAGGUGGACGGACAUAGCUCACCCGGGCAGCGGGCGGCCGGUUGCGGUGAACAAGAUGUUGGAGCGGGCCCAAGCCGUGGGUUGA